CGAAAGUCGUCUUCUCAAACGAAUUUUUAAAAGCUUUUGGGAGCGGAAAUAAUCUAAAGAAACACACCCGAAGGACUUCAUUGCAUUUGUGAGCCCCCUUUUCAGCGGGCACAAGUUUUCCUUUCCUCAUCUGUUCGUGUGUGUUUUUAAAACUAUCAAAAAUGAACCGGAGCUUCAAUCGGUCUCAACCACUGCGGAACGUGGAUCUUAACGCAGUGGAGGUGAAAAGCAAGUACGGCGCCGAGUUCCGCCGCUUCUCGGUGGACCGCCUCAAGCCAGGCAAAUUCGAGGAGUUCUACAAGCUCAUCCUGCACAUCCACCGCAUCGCCAACAUGGAGGUGAUGAUUGGGUACGCCGACGUGCACGGAGACCUGCUGCCUAUCAAUAAUGACGACAACUUCUGCAAGGCUGUGUCCACUGCGCACCCCCUGCUGAGGAUCUUCAUACAGAGACAAGAAGAAAUGGAUUACGCUAACUAUGGCACCAACACCAUCACCCGCAAGAAAAAGACCGUGGCGGCUCUACGCAACAACGACAUCAACCGAAAGAGGGCGCACAUCCGCAUCGGCAUGCCGCAAGAUUUCCGGCCGGUUUCCUCCAUUAUCGACGUGGACAUCCUGCCGGAAUCGCAUCGCCGCGUUCGACUUUAUCGCCACGGCUCAGACAAACCCUUGGGAUUUUACAUCCGGGAUGGAACCAGCGUCCGCGUGACACCUCACGGCUUGGAGAAGGUGCCGGGGAUCUUCAUAUCCCGGCUGGUUCCCGGCGGGCUGGCGGAAAGCACGGGUCUGUUAGCGGUCAACGACGAAGUCCUGGAAGUGAACGGGAUCGAGGUGAGCUGGAAAUCGCUGGACCAGGUUACAGACAUGAUGAUUGCCAACAGCCACAAUCUCAUCGUCACCGUCAAGCCCGUCAACCAGCGCAACAACGUGGUGCGCGGCAGUCGCAUUUCCGGGAGCUCGGGCCAGUCUUCGGACAGCAGCGGGUCCACCGGUUACCCGGUUCUGUCUGCUCCGCCGGGGGCAGUCCCGCACUCCGCCCCCCAAGGUUACCAGGACGACUUGGAGAGCGACGACGAGACCGACAUCGUCAUCGAGAGCAGCCUCAAGCGGCCGUCGCGGAGGUCCAACGCUUCCUUGGCAUCCAACGCGUCUCGCUUACAUCAACAGCAAACGCAGAGCGCCGCCACGUCGGGUCCGGCGGCGCCGCCCAGCCCUCCGUCGCGCCCCGCUUCGGUCGUAUCCACCGCUUCUUUUCACUCUCAGACGAGCCUCAACGGAGGCUCGCAGCACCACCAACACAGCAGUCUGAGCUAUCAGCUCCUCAGAGACCUGAACCUCCAGCAAAAUCAACCCGGCAGCCAGCUGCCCUACCACGCAAGCAAUCCGGCACUCCGUCACAGUAACGGGAGCCUGCACAAAAUCCUCAGCUCGCUGAAAACGGACCCGCGGCACAGCCUGGCCCUGCCGAGGGGAGGGGUGGAGGAAGAUGGCACCGUCAUCACACUAUAAUAGUGGCAAAUAUCCCGCUCAGACAGGGGAACGCCAUGACAGAGACUUUUCUCCCCCCCCCCCCCCCCUCCCCAAGAUAAUUACUGUAAUAAUAGGAAGCUGCACGCCAAGGAUCACGGAAAUUGGUCAUACUGUAUAUACACCUUGGAUUUUUUUUUGUAUUUUUUAAUGUUUCUCGUCUUAUUUCAAAAAAGCCUAUGUGUGUUAUAAGCGUCAGAACAAAUGAUGACUUUUUUAAAAACUUAAGUGACCACUUUUCUCGAGAUUCUUUUCAUUCUUAAUCCAGGGACCAAACUGUGGUUUGCAUAUCGUCAUUGUCUUUUGAAAGAGUAAAUCUAUAUUUCUGGGAUGCCCGGCGUAUGCUUUUUUAAAAAUUGAUCUUUUCAGCAAUUAUGAUGAAAUUCUUGUAUCUGUUUCAAUAAAUUAUUCUUCAUUUUC